AAAUAAUUAUAAUGGUCCUCAUGAUAGGAUAUAAGUCCUAUGCCUAUAUUCGAUUAUAGGGCAAGGUAAUUACCAGUUAUUAUGAGUUAUUGACUUUUCUUUUAAAAACACUCAAGGCUCAAGGCGCUAGGGGUGAUUAUGUUUCUACAAAUAAUAUUAAUAAAUUACUUCAAUAUCAAAGGUAGGACCACUUUAAUUCAUUUUAUAAGAUCUAUUAAUAAGUCAGUGAAUAGUAAUAAAAUAGUAAAUUUUAAAUAGUUAUUACUUAUUAAUUACAUUUUUAUUUGGACUCAGACUAUGAGUAACUAUGACUAUUAAUAAGUCAUUGAUAAUUAAGAACCAUACUUGAAGUUGGGCUGCAUGAUAAAUACCCAAAAAAUACUUUUUUAAGGAUAUUGGCUUGGAUGUUUUAGUUUUGAUGGGAUUUGAUCAAAUUUUUACUAAUUUGGGUAGGCUCACCUUGGACUUUAUUUAAAGUUAACUAAACUAAACAUGCUAACUUACAUUUCCUAACAUUCCCGAAGAAGGUAUCUAGCUGAAAUGUCCAUUUAAUUGUCUUGUCAUUCUUUUCUUUUCCGCUAACCAAUUUAGUCCUUCCUAUUAAAUUAUAGUAUAGCUGACCCUUCACAAAGCACUUAAACCCCUAUUGCCUACUAUGAGGUGACCCAGAACAGCCAAGAAAAAGACAUUCUUGUGGCGUAGGAAGGGGCUGCGGAGGAGCUUUAUAAGGGGGUGGCAUUUUUGGCCAACUGCAGAGUUUUUUUCUUGGUAAUCAUCAUCAGUGUCACUACAGCCCAUGUAGGGCCCAGGCCUGCUCUACAACAUCUUUCCAUUUGUAUCGAUCUAUAACCCUGGAUUUAUGCCGGAAUUCUCGGAACCCACAGCUGAUAUAAUUCCUUCUCAAUUUUUCUAUCCAUCUCAGUCUUGGUUGACUGGUGAGCCAUCUGCCCCUAGGUUUUUUGCCUGCAGAUCAAUUUUGCUGAUAUUUUGCUAAUAUCUGGCAUCCAUCCUCUCAAGAUGUCCUGUCCAGCAAAGUCUGACUUUUUAAAUGUUGUAACUAUGAUGGGUGGGGUCUUCAAACAAUAGAUAUGACUCUUGGUUUGUACAAAUUCUCUAUACAUCUUGAUCAUUGUAUUACACUGGACCAUGUAUUUGCCUGAGGAUUUUCCUCUCCCAUGUAUUAAACUCUGAAUAUAAUUAUCCCAAAAAACUCCUACAACUCAUUCUGUAACUUCAUUGUAUUUAGAGUUAGAUCACAAUAUCAUUUGCUUCUGGUAUUGCUGAUCCAUGGUUUUAUGAAGCCUUGAGGGAUAUUUAAAUAUAAUUUUUAAAUUUAGUUUUUUAUUUUAGGUUCAAUAUUCUUUGGAUGACAGCCAUAAAAGUCAUGUCAGAGAAUAAAGAUCUUGGAUCUAGCGAUGCUGAAAAGCAUCUAUUUAGUGACAAAACUACUUUCGGUACUAUAGCAAAGUUUAAACCUAUUGAAUCUGAAAGGACCUUAGACACACAGCGAUUUCUCCAAGCCUGCACUGAUUUGACCACAGUAUUAGGUACGCCCUGUAAAUUUAUAUAAUUUUGGCAGGAAAAAAAAUCUAAACUGUUUCCUAUUUAAUCACUGAUUGGGCUAUAAUGACUUGAUGUAUAUUGGUACUAGAAUUGACUCACAGAUACUUUCAUAAUAUAAAUCACAAGCCACGCCUCAUUUAUCCCCCCCCCCCCCCCCCACCCCAACCCAAAAUUAAAGCCAUCAUUUUCAACUGUUACUACAACUUUUUCCAAAAUCUCACCCUCUUAUCCCCUGGCAUUUAAUCCCCACCCACCCUUGUCUUCAUCUCCUACCACUCCCAUCUUAUCUACUUACUUACUUAAUUUAUAAAUAUUAUCUCCAUAAAUAAAAAAGGACUACAUACUAAGAAUAGAAAUUUUAAUAAAAUACCUGGGCAACAAACAAAAGUAAUUUUAACAACCACAAUGGUUUAUUAUCAAAUACAAAUAAAAACUUCCAAUUCUUGAGAUAUUUGAUUCUCUUGACGUGUAAAAUUACUUCUAAAGCCAUUAAAUCGGCACAGAUACUGAAAAGUAUUAAAGCACACAGGGCUGUAAGUUUAUUGAAUAUGUUCCCAUGGAGAAACCAACUGACAGAUUAAUACUAUAGAUAAUGACAUUUAUCUUACUUAUUUGUUUCAGACCGCUUAGGAUCACAGUUUUCUAUAGCUAAACGAGACAUGAUAGGAAAUAUAAAGGUAAGUGUGAAAUCACUAAGUGUCAGCCUAAUUCUAAUUAAAUGCAAAAAAAGAGAUCACCGAAUUUGAAAUAUAUUUUACUCUGCAUUUCUAUUUCUUAGAUCAUAAUUUGUACAGUUCUUUUUUUUUUUCCACUUCGUAUAAAUAAUGCUAUUUUGUGGGUUUCUUAAAAAUUAAUUUAUUACUUUAGUGUUAAUAUAUAAUUUAAACAGUACUGUAUGUAUGAGAAAAUAUAUAGUAGUGCCCCACUGCAUAAUACUGUUCAAUUAUGUAAAGAUCAUCUUAAAUUUAAUUUAAAUAGUUGUCAAAUCCUCAAAAAUAUAUAUUUUAAUUUUUUUUGUAGAGAAUUGAUGACCGCUUUAAGACCAACACAGCUCGGUAUGUUACCCUGAAUGCAAUACUGGAGGAUCAUGCAAACCAAAAACCUUUGGAAAGUGCUGUUAUUGGGUUGAUAUGGUUAAAAAGGUGUGUGCAAGUUUAUUCUUCAUGUGAACAAUUUUGAUACUGACACUAAAAUGACCAACCCCAUGACCAACUAUCUGCUUACGGACAAGUUUAAGGAUAAGGCCUAUAUAAAUAUUAGUAUAGAAUCUUUAAUUUCAUUAUUUUAAUUUGAAUAUAAAUAUUUUGAGCAUACUUUUUUAAAACUGUCUUACUUCUCUUUUCUUAUUUGGUUCAGUAUUAUGUUUGCUUCAUUUUUCAUUCUUUAGCUUUAAAUUAUAUGCCUUUAAUUUUUCCUUCCUAGAAGCCUUGAGUUUCUCAGAGUAUUCAUCUUGAACUUGUCUUCAGACUAUCAGAAAAAUGUUGAAGAUGUAACCCUUAGGCAAACAGUGCUUAAAGCCUAUGAGACGACUCUGAAACAAUAUCAUGGCAAGUUAUCCAGAUUUAUGUUCACUGUGAGUUGGCUUUGAAAUUGUCAUCUAUUUUUUAAAGAAUUAAUUAUUUAUGAUCAUGAUUUGCAGCUUUAUUCAUUAUUAAUAUACAAAGCAUCUGCAUUCUUCAAAAAAAAAUAUUUAAUACAAAAAAAUAACUUUUUAUUUUCAUUCAAGUUUAUUUUGAUGUUAGUUUUAAAAAUAAUAUAUUUCCCCUUUUAGAGGUAUGAAAUAUAUUAAAAAUUCAAAAGUUAACAGUAUACCACUUAAUGAGACAGCAAGACAAAGGAGGAGGAGCAAGAUGCGUUAGAAGAUUACUUUAUGUAUAUUUAUGAACUAAUAUAUACAUUAAAAAAAAAUAUCUAUAUCAUCAAGGCAACACAGAAUUUGUGAGACAUAAGAUUUGAUAAUUUAAUGAUCAUCUGUUUCAGAAACUCACUCACUUGGUGCCUUAUCGAAAAGAUUUUCUCAAAGCUUUGUUGCUAAAUGAAGAGGCCACCUUAGAAAUGGUAAACCGCUGUUAAGUUUAAUUUUGUGUCCUCCAGUCUAUAUUACUUUUAUCUUUACACAUGUUGUCUUAAUAAAAUUAACAUCCCUUGUUUUUAUAAUCAAUUUUGUAACAUGUGCUUUUGACUAAAAUGUGCUUUCCAGUUGUAAGAUCAUUAAAACCCCAUUUGCAGAUAAAAUGACAUGAAUUUAACCACACUGAAUGAUAUAUGUAGCCAGUAGUUUGAUUCUUACUUAUGCACAGCAGCUGAUACCCAUGAUCCCGUGGUGUGGUGGCCAAUUCAGCAAAUGUUGGACUUCUGGAGGGGGUGCUUGAAUCCUACUUUGCCAAUCCUUAUCUCACACAUUUUUUUAAGUUUCACUUACAUUAAAUCAAAUAAACAUUGAGAUAAAACAAAUGGCAAGCUGGGCCAUUGGGUAUUGCUGCUUUUUUUUUUUUUCUGCCCAGGAUAGUUUAGUACCGGUACGGUACUUAAAAACCUUACAAUGUCCAUGAGUGAUAGUAAAAAGGAAUAUUGUUCUCAAAUAACAUCUUUUUUGUUGUCCCCAGCUGUUUUCUGACAUAGAUCUCUACCUCCCUAACUUGAGUGACAACAUUGAUUUAAUAGAAUCUUUGCUCAAUCAAUAUGGCCUCAAUACUGGUGAAGCAUCAUAGUCAACUAGAAGAAAGCCAACUACAGAGGUCUGGGUGCUGUUGUGUUGCCAUAAUCUUUCAGCUCUGUUUCAGUUGAUACAUUGUUACAUCCGUAAUGACAUAUUGUUAUAAAUUGGAAUUUUUUUGCAUAUGAGUUGGAAUAUCCACAUAUCUCUAUAUAAUAUGUAUACAAACAAUGAGAUCUCUUUUGAUCUGUAAAUAAUAUUAUGAAUAUAGUGUAAAUGUUUUGGUUCAAACACCAGAUCAUGUUAUUAAGAAUAUAAUCGAAUGGUUUUGGGAUCAUUAUAAUUAAUAAUUAUCUUAUACAGUUGCUUACUGGUUAGCUUUGAACACUUCAUUCAUUCCAAUAACUGUAAAUCUUUUUAUCAUUGUUAACAGUGCAAGUAAGUUUUGUAUUAUUUAUAAAUGUGAAACUCACUCCAAUCUUCCAUUUGUGUUCAACGACUCUUGCCACCAGAACCUUGCUCAGUUUCAUUUUGCUGAAGCAAUGUUGGGUGACACCUAUGAGAUUAUAAUAGAUUUUUAUGUUGAUAUGAUAUUCAUGUUUUUUCAACAUUUUUCAAAGAUGAGGAGACUUACUAAUGUUUAGUUUAUUUUCAAAAAGCAUGCAGGAUGGUGACAACUGGUCAUCACUUCCUUUUUAGAAUUUAAGUCAACAUUGUCAUUUAAAAACUUUAAUAAUAAAUGUAGUUCUUUAAAAUUCUGUUUAGGAUGACCAAUUAUUUUCUCUUACCAUACUAAAAAUGUGUCAUCAGUUGUAAUCUGAAGUUUUGUAAAUUUGAGCUUUAUAUUAUAAAUAGCAUUUCUUUGACUAGUUAAAGUUAUGAACUUUUUAACUGGUAUAAAUAUUGUGAAAACAUUUUUUUCUUCCAUUUUGUUUUAAUUGUUCAAAAUUUUUGGCAUAUGCACUCUAAGAUUUGACUUCUCAAUUGGCUAUUAGUUUUCAUAUAUUCUGUCUAAAAGUAAAAGAUGCCUCCAUUUCCAUGAAAUUAAAUUUAAAAAAAAUUUAAGUCUUAUGAUUGAGCUCAUAUUAUAUAUUGAGGAAAAGCAGGUUUAGACAAAUACAUGGCACCCAGUUGCCAUGGCGUCUGAAAGUCUUUACCAUGUGACUGAAAAUGAAGUUUUCAAAUAUUAUUAUUAGAUAGAAAAUAUGCCAGAUUCUGAAUAAAUCUCAUGUUUGUUUACCUUUAAGGAAAACAAUAUAAAGUAAUAGUGCAAGCAAAAGUUGGAAAUGGUUGAACAAUCUGUGAUUAGGUUAUCUUAUUUUCCCUGUGAUUUUUGUGUUAUGCAAGUGCUAUUUGCAAAAUAGCUAGUAGUUCACCUUUGCUCAAAAAAUGAAUUCCGUUUAUAAAUUUCUUUUAUACCAGUAUAUGGUUAACAUAGAUGAACAUUAAAUAAUUAAAGUUACAUACAUUACUCAUUUAUAAUGUACAUCAAAUUUAUUUUAUUGCAUUAAGUGAGAAUAAUUUAGAUUCUCAUUAGGCCAACAAAUAUAACCACAGAACAGUUCCAAUCCAAUUAUUCUGAUGGAAAAUAUUUUCUUAGCUGUAGUUAACUAUUUAUUCUGUAAAAGGAGCCUUAGACAAUUUGUUAAUUUAGUGCUUUAGUACUGAACUGGUAUAUCUGCAAUAUUCUCCACAUUUAUUUAUUUCUUGGUCUUUCUUUUGAAAGCCAAUAAUAUAUCCUAUUACACAUCAUGA